CGACAGGUUGACCUUCAGGUGCUCAGUAACCUCCACAGUUGGCGAAGCUGAUUGAUAGUUGCCGUUUAACAAUGGCUCAGGCUGAUGCUGUUUUUCCAUCACUUGCUUUUCCUGAAUCUGAAGUAAGCCCUCUUCAAAACCUAGCAUCACUUAUCAGAUCCUAAACAACAUGAUUUUAGUUGGAGAUGCUCACUUCCUUACUAGACUUCAUAACUUUGAGGUUUUAUCUUCCGAACCAGGUUAGUUGACCUCAUUUUUUACUUUCCAGUAAACAUCACUCCAUCCACAUCUGAUUACUUACAAAACGAAUUCAAAAGCUUGUCCCUUAAUUUUGGUCAUUUGUAUGCUUCUACACAUAAAAGUAAAGUAGAAUUCUGUAUCCUGACCUAUAAGACCUUAAAAUUCUUCAGGAACUCGACUCAGAACUGCAUUCAUUAGACAAAACCUUGACUGUGGACAAAAGCUCGGAAUCUUUCGCGCCACUCAUAGAUAUUAAAAAAGGGACAAAUAUUCCCACUAUAAUAUAUCAAACAGACUUAAUGAUGACUUUAAAAGAAAAAGAUCUAAAUUUUCUUAAUUUGGCUACUGUACAAGAUAAAUUCAUACAUGACGAACUGGUCAAAGAUAUAAAAACAUUACGUACACGCAUAAAAUCAAUAAAAAGCAAAGCUAAAAGAAAGCAAACUAUGUAUUGUCAAGAAUGGUAUGCUCAAAAACUUGGAAGAAUAGCUCCAAAUUCGUCCGAUGUUAUAUUGAGGUUUGAUAUUAACGAGAGUCAACUUGAAAAACCUUUACUUCGCAGUUCGUUGAAACAUGGAGAUUUAGGAACUAUAGCACUGACUAAUAUCAGAGUUAUUGGCUGUCACAACAGCAUAACCAGUUUGUGUGAACGUCUCACACCAGCCCUCACUCCAAGUACAGUCGUAGCAUGCAUCCGGCAACAUCUGCGUGUAGACUUUACCUUGAGAGAGGACAUAAAACGACUGAGUUCAAUGUAUCCACUUGACUGGGAUCCAGCUGCACGCAAUCUUCAUUUGCUAGCAGGUCAAGGGGUUAUGGCGACAGCGACUAUACAUAUAGCUCCGAACGGUUCAAUCAGUCUUGUGAAAAUUAGGAAAUCAUCUAAUCCAGAUCAUCCCAAUCCACAUUUGGCAGAACCAUGUAAUUUUGUUCCACCGAUUUCGUGGUCUUUAGACGAGUGGUUGAUGGAAAUCAAUGACUUUUGUAACUCAGUCAUCCCAACAAGCUAACUGACUAUUUCCAAUCUACUUAUGGAAUUCCAUCUCAAUUUUCUCACCCGACAAUACCUAUUUUUUUAAACUGUGAGAUUGUUAUUUUUAAUGCUUUUAAUAAAUGUACAUACCUAAUGCCACAAAUUCAUAAUUGACUUUGCAUGUAAAUAUGCUUUUCUGCACAUGUUUACAGCCAAACUAUAGUCUCUUGUGUAUGUAUACGGAACAUCCAACGAGGAAUUGAUGUUUACCGUAUACUUUUGUAUGUGUCAACUGUAGUUCUGGGGCAGUUAAAAGUUAACUGCUGAUCCAAUUUAGAUAUCUGGUGUAAUAGUUGUAUGCAAUAACAGAUUUUAC